AUGCCGCGAGAAAAAGGCAUGAUGCCCCCGUUCGGCUACCUAUACACGGUGACAACACUGACUCUGCUUCUACAGCUUCGAUGCCGUGUCGUGGACGAUAGCAGCAAUUGUCAGCAAUGUUUGACAUCUCACACACGCUGCAAUCUUCCGCCCCGCGACUCAAAGGCCGCUCCGCGAGCAAUGCGAGCGGACGCGGCGGACACUGAUAAUAUUGUCAAAGAUCCACUUCCCGAUCGUCGGCAGAUGGCUUCCAUCCUCGAGGCGUACUUUGAGGGUCCUCAUAACUUCUGUUUCUCUGCAAUACUGCAUCGCCCUACAUUUAUGGCUAUGCUCGAAAACGGCCUUGUCUCGCACAGCCUCCUUUUGAUUGUUCUUGCCACGGGCCUGCGCUCCUUGGAUCCCAGCGCCACUUCAUCGGACCGCUGGGCCGACGAAUGUCGCGGAUUGAUUCUUCCUCAGAUCUUUCGACGUAUGUCAACUGUAAAUCUACAAACACUGCUGCUCUUGCAACGUUACGAAUGGCACCGGGGUUCAGUCUUGAGCUCCUUUUUCCUGUCAGCACUGGCAAUCAGACUGGCAUUUGCGCUUGACCUACACUUGGAACCGACAGAACGUCCUGUACAGACAGACACGGUUCUGCCUCCAUCAGUGCUGGAAACACGCCGUCGCCUCAUAUGGAGCUGCUUCAUCAUGGAAUCAGUACCAGAUGCGGGAACUCGGCGACUAUAUUCCGCCAUGGAUCCUUUUGCUAUACAAGCUAGACUACCGUCGGAUGAGUCGUGCUAUCAACGCAGGAGUGGCACUGGUCCUGCCCAGCCGACCUUAGCGGAGCUCUGGUCUGAUCGGAACCCGAUGCCUGUCCCCGCUUCCAAUACUUGCCCUAGCAUAUCUGCAUACCUGAUCAAGAUGGCCGUGUUGCGGAUGAAAAUACUCCAAUAUGUAAAUUCUGACGUCCAUGGCAAUGAACCGCUUAUAGACUCUCCCCCCUGGCUAGCGGACUCGCCCUUCCACGACCUACAGCAAAAGCUCGACCACUUCUAUGCGGCUCUGCCUGGCGAACUCCAACUCACGGUCAAAAUGAAACACUUCACAGACCACUCUCCAAUUCCGCUUUACACGCUACACAUCAUGUACUUUGCAGCUUCCGCGGACCUGUUCAGAAUCGGGAUCCAAGCGAGAACACCAGUGAGAAGGGCAUUGUCCGCGCCACCUGAACAUUUUAUCGAUUUAUGUAAACGGGGCCGGGUUGAAAAUGGUCUCAACAUAAUCAAGGUGGUGCGGCAAUUUUUGGAAGAUACUACGACGGAACAUGAUCCAUUCAUCGCAAUUUGCAGCUGUCUAGCCAUCAGAAUCAUCUCAGUCGAGGGACAAAAUACGGUUGGAAACCCUUCGCCACUCUUACCACCUUCCGUGGCAGAAGAUUUACAGCUCUGUGUGCAGUGUGCGGCGAGGACUGCUCGAUGGUCCAAGCCUAUACAAAAGCUGCUCUUUGCUGCAAAUAAACUUGCUCGCUUGCACGGGUUUUUCCUGGACCUGCCUGAUUUCGUGAGUUCAGUGUCUGGCAACCCAACACAUCCUCCUUCACGGCAAGGGUCCCCUACUUUGAAUCUGUACGGCACCUUUGGGGAGGUUGCAAAGAGCCGUGCAGCCGAUGACUUGGAAGCCUCGAGAAUGCCAACUUCUUCGGUUUCCAAACUUCAGAUAACGAAUUCGGCAACGAAAGAAAAUAAUAUCCUCCCUCCUGAGGCGCAGAAUGCUGAUGGAAAUUCCUCAAAUAUUCCCCAUAUGCCUCUGCAAACGGACUACGAGGACACCGAACAAGGCAUUAGCCCUGACACGCUUCGCCUGGCAGCAGACUGGGGCAAUGGUCUGUACGAUAUAGACUGGGCGAUGGCUCAAUUCGAUGAAUGGGCAAACAUUGACUUCAACUGGGGCGAAAAUCCGGUCGACACACAGGCCCCGUUUGAGGACAUUGGCUUCUAUUGA